UUGAGUGACUUCAACCAAAAUGACGUCUGCUAAUGGCGGGAACAGUUUAGCAAGCUGAAAAUAUCAGGGUUUUUACCAGCGAAAAUGUGGUAGAAUGGUAAAUAAUCUAAUACCAGAAGGAAGAUAAAUGCCUAAGCGUUCCACUUGCAAGAUUUGGUAUGGGUUCGAAGGCAAAAAAGGAUAGAAGGAGCGUCGACAUUCUCGACGAAGAUGAUGAAGUGGAUUUAGAUAAAAAAGCAAGCAAGAAAGCCAAGCAAGGAGACGUGAAAGGGCUGCUGAAUUCAAUUAUUGCUGAUGAGAUUAAAGGAUCUUCUCGUCCUCCAUCUCCUGCCAGUUUUUCUCUUGAGGGUCGCAAACCUGCAGAGAUAUUUCGCACUGAUUUGAUUAGUGCCAUGAAAUUACCAGACCAUCAGAAUUUAAGUCCAGAGAACUACAUAACUAUCACAGAUCAGUGGAGACAGGAAUGGGAGCGGGGAGUACAGGUAAUGUGUUAUGACAACAUGGGGCAUGCUAUAGUCACUCAAGAAGGCCUUAGUAUAGAAUAUGAUGAGGAUGUGUGCUGUGAUGUCUGCCAAUCUCCUGAUAGCGAGGAAACCAAUGAGAUGGUGUUCUGUGAUGCCUGUGACAUCUGUGUUCACCAGGCCUGUUAUGGCAUCCAGAACAUUCCAGCUGGUAGCUGGCUUUGUCAUCCAUGUCCUCAGGUGUUUGCUGUAGCUGUAGCUCACUGUUAUGACAACAUGGGGCAUGCUAUAGUCACUCAAGAAGGCCUUAGUAUAGAAUAUGAUGAGGAUGUGUGCUGUGAUGUCUGCCAAUCUCCUGAUAGCGAGGAAACCAAUGAGAUGGUGUUCUGUGAUGCCUGUGACAUCUGUGUUCACCAGGCCUGUUAUGGCAUCCAGAACAUUCCAGCUGGUAGCUGGCUUUGUCAUCCAUGUCGUAAGGGCAUCAAAAAUUCUCCCUGUGUUCUAUGCCCUCUUUCUGGUGGUGCAAUGAAAAGGACUAAAAAUGGCAAGGGCUGGGUUCAUGUCAGUUGUGCUCUGUGGAUUCCUGAAGUUGGAUUUGGAAAUGUUCCCAAGAUGGAACCUGUCACAAGGAUUGAAAAUAUUCCUGCCAGCAGGUGGAAUCUGGUGUGCUCAUUAUGCCGUGAGAAGGUUGGAGCCUGUAUCCAAUGCACAGUCAAAAGUUGUGUUACAGCUUUCCACGUAACAUGUGGGUUUAAACAUGGCCUUGAAAUGAGGACUGUUUUGGAUGAUAAUGCCACAGAUGGUGUUAGGCACAUUAGUUAUUGUACCAAGCAUAGUCACAAGUCCAGAUCGCCCAGUAAGAAAACUAAGGAAGAGGAUAAAGGAACAACUUCUGCUGAAGAUGCAGAGAAUUUACGACAAAAGAGAUUGAAACAGAUGGAGGAAGAGUUCUACAAGUUUGUCAGCCCUGCUGAGAUUGUCAAAGAUCUGAACCUUCCCAAAGAACUUGCCACUAAGAUCCACAAGUUUUGGGCGCUUAAGAGAAAGGUAUUAACUGACGGAAUUUUAAAUUGUAUUUUUUCAUUUGCUCUUUGUAGAUUGAAACAGAUGGAGGAAGAGUUCUACAAGUUUGUCAGCCCUGCUGAGAUUGCCAAAGAUCUGAACCUUCCCAAAGAACUUGCCACCAAGAUCCACAAGUUUUGGGCGCUUAAGAGAAAGGCUCAGGAUGACGUCCCUCUGCUUCCACCAACUCUUCAACAACAGGAGAAGCUGUCAGGAAAACAGGGUGCUGUAAAUUCUUCCAGCAAUCUUCAGGCUCAGCUAGAGCGAAUCGUGAAACUGAGGUGUAACCUGGAGAAGUUACGUAACCUGUGCUACAUGGUUACCAAGCGAGAAAAGAUGCGCCGUGAGUUAUACCGAGCUCGUGAGGAAGUCUUCUGGCAGGAGCACGCGGUGAUGACAGACGAGUCAUGCGACAUGGACGAGGAGGCAGUUCACUGGGUACUCGCCAUGUGUAAAGACAACUUCAGUGGCGACGGCAGCUUGCCUGCCGCCGGUGAAGGCGGCGGCUGUGGUAGCGUGGCGGAGUCGCUCUCCUCUAGUAUAAGCAGUACGAUGGAGUCUUCCAGUACUUCCAGCAGUUCAGGAGACUGUUCCAGUACAGAGCACAAUUCAGAGGGAGGGCAUGGUGACCCUGAUAGCAGGGGUAGGGCUGUUGAUGAAGUAGUCAACAUUGUAGAAGAGGUCCUAGUCUCGUCACCAGCGAGGAGAACUCGCAGAAACAGCCACCUUGUGACACAAUCUUCCUCGUCCAGCCAGUCGGCAGAUUCAGCAGCUGGCUCUAGUAAAGAACUGGAAAGCAUAACGAAUAGUGAUAAUGAAACCACGAGAAGAAAACGAACUCGGACUAAGACUCUAAGCUUUAGUGAAACAAGCGCCACCGCGCCCAAGCGUGUACUGCGGAACACGAUAACUGAGUUGGAAGAAACUACUGUGGGACAUGACAGUCAUCAGCAAAGCGCCUCUGAGAAACCACAGAGACGCCGGAGGCGACACUUUUCAUUUCCAAAUGCUGUGAAGGAAUCGAAAGAGGAAAGCGAUAAAGAAACAGUUGGGAAUUCUGAAGAAGAGUGGCAGAAUUCUGACGCAGUGUCGCGUGAAACGCGCGGGCGAUUCUCUCGGUCAGUGAAGGCCAGCAAGAAACCGGAAACAGCUGAGACCGGAGGUGAAGACGACCCAACGGUGAAACCGGAAGUUGACGAUGAGAGUCGAAAAGAAAACGACCCGCUCAGACCAGAAAACGUGGUUGAACUUGAGGAGACUGGAAAGACCGUCAAACGGAAACGCUCUAAAAGCACAUCAGCAAUGGAAGAUAACACUAGAAAUAAACAGGCGCGAAUAACGGACUACGUACGGCGAAGAUCUCCUGGCCGAAAAGAACCGAGGUCCCCUAGAUCACCGAGAACAAGAGCAAACAGUCAAAACAACGAUUCUGAAGAACACGAUCAAGGUAAAACCGACGCAGAUGUAGAUUCAAAUUCCAAACGCGUACCCGCGCCAAGGUCGUUUAGUAACGGAAGAGAGACUACAAGUGACAAGUCAUGUCCUCAUUGUAAACUUCAGCACGAUAAACUGUCCAAGUGUAGCUGGCGCUGUAAGGAAGGCAGCCACACGGCAGAGUGUGAGGAUAACUGGAACAGAAGAGAACUUAGGGUGCGAACCUUUCAAUCACCCAAGUCUCGCGCGAGAUGUUCUCAUGUAGUCUCCACUAAGCCUCAUUGUUGUAGUAGUCUAAUGACUAAGUUUUGUCACGCAACAGUUACAUGAGUAAGGCAGUCUUUAUUUAUUUGUCGGUUGAGGUGAGAUCUGGGGUAGCACGGAUGAUGAGACGUUUUUCUUCACACUUAAUAGGCUGAUUUAGCAACAGGACGGGAACGUCAGAUGACGACUGCAGGGCGCGCGGAAUAACCUGGAUUCUGUU